AAAUGGAGGGCAGUGAAAAGUCUUUGACUUUUGUAUACAUUUUGAUUAUAUCAACAUUGUGCUUUAUAAUUGUGAUGUAUUUGAAAAGGAAGUAGCCAUCGACAGGUGAAUCAAUCUAGGUAUUGAAAUGAUUCGGUUACACUUAAAGGAUAGAAUAUGGAGAAAGAUCGCAUUUGCUUAUUAGGAUAUGUUACACACUUUGGAUGACGCUGAGAAAGAAUUACUCAAGCACACAUACCAUAACACUAUCUUCAAUUGUAAGGGUGUUAAAGUCUCAAAUGAUACGCGCAAGACAAGCAAGAAGAAAGGCUCCAAUGUGCAGUUCAAUUUGAACAAAUAAGAAACUCUAUAUUAUUGAUUAAAAUAAUAUGUAAAGUAACGAAUAGAUGAUGCUCCCACUUCUUACAAGGGACAUGAAUCGAACUUUUCUUUUCACAAAAAAGGCCUCGCCAUAUUGCCAACGCUUAAAGGAAGUAGGUCGUAGACAUUCCAUGUUGUAUUCUACAGAUGAACGAUUCACUUAAAACAUUAUGCUUUGCUAAGGGGCGACAUUGAAAAUGGAUUUAAAGUCAAGAACUGCAAAACCCAAACAAAGAAAUUACAAAAAGAUCAACAGAACAACUAAUGUUGAAAGAGCGAUCAAUGUAGAUAUUUCACCAUGGGAGAAUUUUUCACCUUGA